AGGGAGAGAGAAAUAUCACUACUAAGCCAGACGAGCAAUUUGAGAGGCUACUGUCACGCACCCUGCGCACACAAGCCACCCGCCGUGCGCCUUCUUCAUGCGCGGGUUCAGCACCGCACUGGGUACUCACGGACAGAUGGAAACGGACCGAGUCUCUGCCGUAGAGACAGAGGGUCCACCCGUACAGCAAGUGCAUAAGGAGGAGAAGUAUUCGCCGGUACUCUAGGGCUGCAUCCCUAUCUUCAGAGGGGACAGCAUGGACAGUACAGUUAUCGUUAAAAUGGUAGUCUCAAAAAUUAUAUCCUAACAAGAGGGAAUUUGCAGUCAAGUGCAAACGAAGGAUUUGACCGCCUUGUCGGCGAUUUGUUUUAUAGCCUAGCACUUCAAUAAGUUGCUCGGGAGAAUGGAAAAGGCCACCCAGCCUCAGCUGCCGUCGAGCAUAUCCAAGAGCGCAGAAGGUCCCUCAGAGGACCUUUCCAAACUUACGGAUGAGGAGCUUCUGAAAUGGAGCAAGGAGGAGCUGGUUCGCCGGCUCCGCAGAGCCGAGGCUGAGAAGAUGAGCGUCAUAGUGGACCACAGCAAUCUCAUCCGAGAGGUGAAUCGCAGGCUUCAGCAGCAUCUCAACGAAAUACGGGGGCUGAAGGAGGUGAAUCAGAAGCUGCAAGAGGACAACCAGGAGCUGCGGGACCUCUGCUGCUUUCUGGAUGAUGACCGGCAGAAAGGGAAAAAGGUGUCGAGGGAGUGGCAGCGCCUGGGCCACUACAGCGCAGGGAUCAUGCGUAAGGAGGUGACACUUUACCUGCAGAAGCUGAAAGAGCUGGAGCAGAGGCAGGAGGAAGUGGUGAGGGAGAACCUUGAACUGAGAGAGCUGUGCCUCAUGUUGGAUGAGGAGAAGGGCUCUGGAGGUACCGGCGGGUCAGCGGGUACUGGGGGACCAGUCGGCUGCAGGAGUUCAAUUGAUAGUCAGAGCAGCCUGUCUCAUGCUAGUGGCCCUGGGCCUGGCCUAUUAAGGGAUGUAGGUGACGGGAGCAGUACCUCCAGCGCGGGCAGCACCGACAGCCCUGACCAUCUCACCCAUAAGCAGCAGCUGUUGGGUGGCCCGGUUGGAGGCAGUCCUGACCACCUACAUAAGCCAGGCUCAGGGGAGGAGGCAAAGGGUCUUGAGCAAACAAGCCGAAGACAUAGCACCAGCCAGGAGUAUGGAGCACAUACCUUUCCCCAGGUGUGCCGGUCUCGCUGUGGGUCCUUCUCCAGUCCAGACCAUAAGGGCCUGUGGGGUCUCAGUCCAGAGAAACUUGGCAAGAGAGGCAGCCCAGAGCAGUUCUCAAAACACUUACUGGUGUCCUCUCAGCCGCCUGGCAGCCCAGACCUUUUCCAGAAGCACAGUGGUAGUAUGGGUAGUGUGUGUGGGAGUCCAGAACCCAAACAGCUUAUAUCAGGGACACCGGAGCACCUACAGAAGGGCCGUGUCAUAUCUGGGAGCCCUGAGUUGUUGAGACAUCAGCAUGGAAAGUUUGGCAGCCCCGGCCGAGAGGUGGCAAAGAAGAGGCCGGGCGUGGAGGAGAUGUCCCCUCAUCACCGGAGCAUCUAUAGCGCUCUGAUAUCGGCUGGGUGUUGCACCAGCAACUGUAGAAGUGUCAAGCUUUGGGACAGUUUUGAUGCCUCCUGACCAUUGCCUUGACUGGAUUCAGUAGGCUUUGAUAGAGGAUGUCUGUUGCUUUCAUUUAACUUGCACUGACAGAAAUGGACGACAAGGAUGAAAAAGCCAGAGUGAAGGACAAAAACGUUUGCGCAGCCAGUGUCUCUCGUCCCCUUCCCUCACCACACUGUUUCCUGCUGGUCUCCCAAUACAACUUACAGCCCUGCAAAUCCAAGGCCUGGAAGAGGGAUUCUUUAGGGUUUAAACAGCUGGAAAUAACAUGAUUGCCAAAAGGAUUUCUCAACUGGGAGAUUUAAUCAUUUCUCUUUUGCCAACAAAUUGAGCUACCUCCUUUGAACAGAAGCAGACAAAACAAAAAAGUGGGACUGGAAUUAUUAUUUUUUGGUUAUUUAUUUAUUUAUUUUUUUACCCAUUUUGUUUACAGUCGCCACAAAACACAAUCAAUCCACACUGUAAACGGGGGUGGGGUUAGUGUGCCAGCAUUUUGCACACACAGGCAGAUACCUAUUACCAAACCAGUCUUAUGCCUCUAAAAACAAGGGCAUUUCUUAAGCCGUUUUAAGGAAAAGAGCAAUACUGAAUGUCAGUGGCUCACAAGUAUCACAUUUUAGCUGAAAUCUGAAUGAUUAUGACAUUAUGUCAUAUCAAUCACUGCCUGGCUUUCAUAAGGACCUGUGUGAAGACAGGUUAUUUACUACAUUGACUAUGGCCAUGUGUAAAGUACGGUAGUUAAACACUUAACUAUCUAUAAUCGCUAAAGUCGAAAGUUAAAGUCGGAGGUGUGCUAAAACACCUCUCCUGUCUCUUAAUAUCCCAUAACUGAUCUGUAUGUAGAUGCAGUAUUGUGUGAUGUAAAAAAAGCACAUAGAAAGCUGCUGCUGCUGCACCUGAGAAUUGUGUAGCCGGACGCUUUAGGCUUCCAUUGUGUUGAGUCUUCUUGCGUCUGGUGUUUCUGCCCUCACUGCUGCUGAAAUCAAGCGGCCAAAUCACAAAGCUCACAUAUUCUGACCAUUUCAAUGCUUUGUGAAAUUGCCAAAACCAUUUUAUGGUUCAUCAAUAAAAAAAAAAAAUUCCCCUUCUGUCUGUGGAUUCAAAAGGAAGAGACUCUGUGGCCCUGUGGCUCUGUUAGAGUCCAGACUUGCUUGCCCUCACAUUCUCUGUUUUUAGACCAUAAACUCAGAGACUUGUCAUCCCA